AUGCCCCCCCUCAAACUCCUCUGCCUCCACGGCUACACGCAAUCCGGCCCCCUCUUCCACGCCAAAUCCCGCGCCGUGAUCAAACACCUCACCAAGGCUCUCCUCCCAACCCACGUCGUGACAACCACCUACCCAACCGGUCCCAUCCACCUUCUCCCCUCCGACAUCCCGGGCUACGAACCCACCAGCACCAGCACCAGCGACGAAACAAGCACAAGCACAAGCACAGACUCCUACGGCUGGUUCCGGCGGCACUCGACCACCAACCCACCCCUAUACACGGACCUCCACCUCGGACUGCAAACUAUCGCGGAGACGAUCCUGACCGAGGGUCCCUUCGACGGGGUAAUUGGCUUUUCGCAGGGCGCGGCGAUGGCAGCCAUUGUCGCAUCGUUGUUAGAACCGGGGCGGGAGGAAGCCGUGACGAGGUUUCUGGAUGCGGGGGUACCGGGCGUUUGGUGGGAGGAGGUGAGAAAGGUGCAGCCGCAGAUGAAGUUCGCGGUGUGUUAUAGUGGGUUUCGGGCGCCGGGGCCGAGGUAUAGGGGGUUUUAUGAGCCGGGGGUGAGGACCCCGGUGUUGCAUGUGUUGGGGUCGUUGGAUGCGGUGGUGGAGGAGGGGAGGAGUCGGGCGUUGAUUGAGGCGUGUGAGGUGGGAGGGGAGGCGAAGGGGAGGGUGGUGGUGCAUCCCGGGGGGCAUUUUGUGCCGGCGCAGAGACCGUAUUUGGAUGCAGUGGUGGGGUUUGUGAGGGAUGUGUUGGAGGGGGAGAAGAAGGGGGUGGUGGUUGAGGAGGAUGUGAAUGAUAUGGAUUUGCCGUUUUAA